UGCACAAUGGUGUCAUGGGUGCUGUGUGCUGGUCUAGUCCUUCUUCACAUCUCCUGCUCUGUGGAAGCCAAACUGCACUAUGCUGUCAUCUUCCCCUCUGAAAUUCACUCUCAUGAAACUCUAUGUAUACACCUGGAGGGGGCUCAGGGGGAGAGCAGAGUACAGAUCUCUUUACGGCUGGAUGAAAAGAACACAACCCUUGUGGAGAAGAUAUUUGACCAGGAGUCCAUAUUCACCUGUUUUCCAAUCCAGGUUUUCACGCCUGUACAGUCGGAUGUAGUGGGCACGUUGGAUGUCUCCAUAGAAAAUGCAGGGGAAACAGUAAUGAACAGCAGUAAAGUUCUGGUGAUGAAGAAGAAAUUCGGUCUUCUGGUUCAGACAGACAAAGCUGUUUACAAACCAGGACAAACUGUAAAAUUCAGAAUCCUAUCCAUUAAUGAAAAUCUUCAACCCAGACAUACUGUGUUUCCAGUCGUAGAACUACAGGAUCCAGGAAAGAACCGGAUUGGUCAGUGGUUGAAUGUGAGCGUCAGUCAGGGAUUGGCUGAGCUUUCCCUUCCUCUUUCCUCUGAGCCUCCACUGGGAGAAUACUCCAUCCGGGUGAAAGACACAGUCCAUGCAUUCACUGUGGAGGAAUAUGUUCUUCCAAAGUUUGAAGUUUCCCUUCAGUUCCCUAAGGUUGUUAUGUUUGACAGUGACCAGUUCCCACUUCGUGUGUGUGGAAGAUACACUUAUGGGAAGCCAGUUCAAGGAAGCUACAUGGUCACUGUGUGUCAGAAACGAUUUAGAACGUGGUGGGGACAAGAUGAUGUCAACAAUAUAUUCUGUGCUAAUUUCACUGGAAAGUUGGACAGAUCAGGAUGUCAUAUCAUAGAAGUUAAUUCUAAGGUCUUUAACCUGAAAAGCAGCGACAUGGAGAAGGUUCUGAAAGGAGAAGCCACCAUCACUGAGAGUGGAACGGGAAUUGAGUUAUCUACAACCAGCCAAGCUAGUGUAUCCAACACAAUCAAUAAGGUGUCAUUUGUUAAUGCAGACAAUAACUACAAAGUUGGGAUCCCCUACACUGGAGUGAUUAAAGUGGUGGAUGUUGGUGAUAACCCUAUACCAGGCAUUAAUGUUUACCUAACAAGUUAUGAUGACCCGAUCAACGACACCUUAGUGACAGAUGACAAUGGACAAGUUUCUUUCACUCUCGAUACUAAUAGUUGGGAGGGAAGAAAAACACUAAGGGCAAGAACAAAUCUGACGAGUUCGCCAUAUAUCUUUAGAGUCCGGUACCCAGAGUAUGGUAGUGAUCGUCUAAUUCUUAAACCCUUCUACUCCCCUACUAAGAGCUUCCUGAAACUCCACUCCUUGAACAGAGUCCUUGCAUGUGAGGGGCAGCAGGAGGUGCAAGUGGAAUAUAUCAUUAAACACACAGAGCUGGAGACUGAAACUGACCACGUAGACCUCCAUUAUCUGGUGACUUCUAAAGGCUCAAUACAAGAUUCCGGGUCUUUAGAAAUUAUAAUUAAAAGUAAUAAUGAAGAUCUAUAUGGCAAGACUACAUUAAAGCUUCCACUAAGUGCAAGAACAUCCUCCAAACUACAAGCACUUGUGUACAUGAUACUACCAAAUGGAAACAUUUUAGCUGACUCUGCAAACUAUAUAGUUCAGAGAUGCUUCAAAAAUAAAGUUUCAGUGGGCUUUUUACCAAAUGAGGUCCUUCCAGGAUCGGAAGUGUCUCUCCAGGUUCAGGCUGCUUCUGGUUCCCUCUGUGGUCUCAGGGUGGUGGAUCAGAGUGUGGUCUUGAUGAAACCAGAGAAGGAGCUGACUGCCGCCAAAGUUUUUGAUCUAUUUCCAUCCGGGCAAAGUGGGGAAUAUGACUAUCGUGUCCAGGACGAUCAUAAUCAAUGCACUAUUCUUCGAGGUCACAGAAGGCUGAAUUUUGGGUGGCAUAUACGUCGACAUGACAAGGAAGUGGAUGUGCACAGCUUAUUUGAGGGGAUAAACCUAAAAAUAGUAACAAGUGCAGAUAUCAAGAAAGCUGUGGACUGCCAUAUGAGCUUUCCAAGUUAUCGUGCCCGCGGUCCAGGGAGGAUUGGUAGUUAUGUACUCCAGAGGAUCCACAAAAAGCUGCUGCAGUUGGCAGCGGACAGCUCUCCAUUUUUCUUUGAAACUAUUCCAGUAUUAACUAAUGGGGGAAGAAAGCUAUCCAGGCCUGUGGAGGAAGAGGAAGAACAAGAGCCAGAAAGAGAGAUAAAAAAAGAGAAAGAAAUAGAGCCCAUUCGAACGUAUUUCCCUGAGACCUGGAUAUGGGAACUUAUAGCAGUAGGAGACUCUGGCAGUGCCAACCUCCAUCACAAGGCUCCAGACACCAUCACAGACUGGAAUGCCGGGGCUGUAUGUUUGGGUCAGAGUGGAUUAGGCCUGUCUCCUCCUGCCUCUCUUCGGGUCUUCCAGCCGUUCUUUGUGGAUCUCGCCCUCCCGUAUUCUGUAGUGAGAGGAGAAACUUUUAUCCUUAAAGCCUCUGUAUUUAACUACCUCAAACAGUGUAUCAAGAUUGAAGUCAAUCUGGGGCCCACAAAGGAGUUAGAGCAGACACCUUGUACAGACUGUACAUACAGCAGCUGCCUGUGCGCCGAUGAGAGCAAAACGUUUUACUGGAACCUGAAAGCCACCAAUCUGGGAGAAGUAAACAUCACAGUGCGAACUGAGGCUGUGAAGACUGAAGAGUUGUGCCAGAAUGAUAUACCGAUUGUUCCCCUACAAGGAGCCACCGAUACCAUUGUGAAACCCUUACUUGUAAAGCCUGGAGGAGUCCUGGUGGAGAAAUCACACAGUUCUCUUCUCUGCAUCCAGGAGGGAGAAGAUAACACUAAGACAGACGAGGUCUUCCUAAAGGUCCCUAAGAACAUUCUGAAUGACUCUGAGAGAGCUCAUGUGACUGUGUUGGGAGAUAUAAUGGGAACAGCAUUGCAGAACCCGGACCGUCUCUUGGCCAUGCCAUAUGGGUGUGGAGAGCAGAACAUGGUCCUCUUUGCUCCCAACAUAUUUAUUCUGCAGUAUCUGGAGAAAACUCAUCAGCUGACAGAUGAGAUCAAGAGCAAAGCCACCAAGUUCCUGGAGAGCGGAUAUCAGCGACAGUUGACAUACAAACGGGAUGAUGGGUCAUACAGUGCCUUUGGAAAGAGUGAUCCCCAGGGUAACACAUGGUUGUCAGCAUUUGUGGUGAAGUCCUUCAGCAAAGCUCGGCCUUAUAUAUUUAUAGAUGAAAGUCACCUAAAUCAAUCCUUCACCUGGCUCAAGAUGAAUCGUAAUGAGACUGGCUGCUUCCGUAGCGUGGGAAGACUCUUCAAUAAUGCUAUGAAGGGAGGAGUGCAAGAUGAUAUCUCCCUUUCUGCUUAUGUGACAAUUGCUCUGAUAGAGGGUGGUGUACCUCUGGAGGAUCCUCUGGUUAGGGACGCAGUAUCCUGUCUGCAAAAGGCAGCUAGUGAUGUGACCAAUGUAUACACCCUGGCUCUGCUGGCCUACACCUUUACCCUGUGUGGAGAGACAGAGUUCAGAAAGACUAUACUAGACAAACUGGACGAAAAAGCUGUACGAGGAGAUGGACAGCUCCACUGGAAACGGGAUUCUGCUCCUCCUAAGCAAGAUUCAUACUGGUACCGAGCUCCAUCUGCUGAGGUGGAGAUGACUGCCUAUGCACUCCUGACUCUACUCCAUGGGCCUGAACCUGACCUGAGCAAAGCUACGGAGAUUGUAAACUGGUUGAGCAAACAGCAGAACCCCUAUGGAGGCUUCUCAUCUACACAGGACACAGUUGUAGCUCUUCAAGCUCUAGCCAAGUACUCGGCACUCACAUUCAGUGAUAAGGGUGAUAUGACUGUGACCGUCACUUCCAGCACAGGAUUUCUGGAGAAGUUCCAUGUAGACAAAAACAACCGUCUCCUCCUCCAGAGAGCAACACUCCCGACUGUUACCGAAGAAUAUAUGGUGACUGCCACAGGGAACGGCUGUGUUUUUGUCCAGACAGUCCUGAGAUACAAUGUCCCUCCACCCAGAAGUGACAUCAGCUUUUCAUUAAAGGUGACACCACAAUCAACCAGAGAGUGCCUGGGGGAUCCAGUGACGAAUUUUGAUAUUCUAAUCAGUGCUACAUACAUUGGAACCCGGGAGAAAUCCAACAUGGCUGUUAUAGAGGUGAAGAUGCUUUCUGGAUACAUUCCAGUCAAGAGUACAGUGAAGAAGCUGCAGAAGGACCAACUGAUACAGAGAAGUGAAAUCCAAAUGGACACAGUCACUUUAUAUCUGAAUCAGGUGGGGCAUGAUACUAUAAAUCUCUCUUUCAUGGUGGAGCAGAAUAUUGAAGUCAAGAACCUGAAACCAGCCACAGCAAAAGUUUAUGAUUACUAUGAAACAGAUGAGCAAGCAGUGGCAGAAUACAAUCAUCCCUGUAACUCAGGUGACACAUUCAGCAAUUCAAGAUGA